UAAAAACAACGAGUCAUCAAAAGAAAAAGCUUUAAAUAUGUAAAUAUGACAUUUAAAGACACAAAGUGCCUCCAAAGGAAAGAUUUACAUCUAAAUGAUCAGUUUUAUGAUACAUAGAAAGUAUAAAUAAAUCUUGGAUUUGAUGAAAGAAGAUACUAAUAAAAAAGUUGUGGAGUCAUGUUUGUAAUUCUCAGCAGAAUCUGAGCUGAUGAUUUCUUGAUUGUUUUCUCAUGGACCAACAGUGACUCAGGUGGUAGGGGUUCAUCCCGUACCCUGUGGGUUGCCGGUUCAAACCCCCGCUGCGUCCAUCUCAAUCGUUAUGUCCUUGGGCAAGACGCUUCACCCUCCUUGCCUGCUGAUGGUGGUCAGAGGGGCCUGCUGGCUGCGAUUGGAGGGCAGCUGUGGCUACAGUGUAGCUCACCCCUGUCAGUGUGUGAGUGACUGAUUGUGGUGGAAAGCACUGUGGGCUCCUCAGAACUGAUAAAGUGUUAUACAAGUGCAGGUCAUUUGUUUUAAUCUGUUGCAACAGUUAUAGUCUAAAAAGACAUUUACCUUAAUCAUCCAAGACCCAGAGCUUGUUAUUUCAUGACCCCCAGAGAGGUCCUCACCCCACCUUUGGGAACCACUGCUUUAAAGCCUUUGCGGGUCAGCUGUGGAGCCGCACAGGUUGCGCACAGUUUGCUGACGUUGGCUGUGAAGCAGAGGCAGCUCCAUCCCAACUUCCCUUCAGGAGGAAGUCCAUCCAGCUCUGAGAGGAUGCUCUGCUUUUAACAUUUACUGAAGUGAAAAAGAUGGAGCAGCAGGUGGAGAACCAAAGUCAGCUCUUCAACACAGGGGCGCUGCCGGCUAAACUCCUCCUGGGGGUGGGGGUUGAUAACUUUAUUUCCCUUCUUAUAUUCGGGAUCAUCUUUAUUCUGGGAGUGCUGGGGAACAGCCUGGUGAUCACCGUCCUGGCGCGGAGCAAACCGGGACAGCCAAGGAGCACCACCAACAUCUUCAUCCUGAACCUGAGCGUAGCGGACCUGUCCUACCUCCUCUUCUGCGUCCCCUUCCAGUCCACCAUCUACAUGCUGCCCACCUGGGUGCUGGGAGCCUUCAUCUGCAAGUUCAUCCACUACUUCUUCACCGUCUCCAUGCUGGUCAGCAUCUUCACCCUGUCCGCCAUGUCCGUGGACCGCUACGUGGCCAUCGUCCACGCCAGGAAAGCCUCGUCAAUCCGCGUGGGGAGGCACGCGCUGCUCGGCGUGGUGCUGAUCUGGGUCGUGUCUGUGGUGAUGGCCGCGCCUGUGGCGCACUACCAGAGCAUCGUGGAGAGGGAGGACAACAACACCUUCUGCUGGGAGGUCUGGCCGGAGCAGCACAGGAAGGUCUACGUGAUGUGCACCUUCGUGUUCGGUUACCUGCUGCCGCUCAGCCUCAUCUCAGUCUGCUACGCAAAGGUCUUAAACCAUCUCCACAAAAAGCUGAAGAAUGUCUCCAAGAAAUCAGAGGUGUCUAAAAAGAAGACUGCUCAGACCGUCCUGGUGGUGGUUGUGGUCUUCUGCCUGUCCUGGCUGCCUCACCACAUUGUCCACCUGUGGGUGGAGUUCGGCUCCUUCCCCCUGAACCAGGCCUCCUUCGUCUUCAGGAUGGUGGCUCACUGCUUGGCCUACAGCAACUCCUCUGUCAACCCCAUCAUCUAUGCCUUCUUGUCCGAGAACUUCAGGAACUCCUAUAAGCAGUUGUUCUGGUGUGGGGCGCCCGGCGAGUGUCCAUUGAAUGAAACCAGAGACCCGCGCUGCAGAAUGGAAAUGCCACCCUCCACUAAAGUCAGUGUGACUUACAAAGGUCAUGGCUCUCAGACCAGUAAAAUGCUUUGAUGGCUAUAAUCCUAAAUGAUGGUGGAGAUCAUAUUCUCCUUUAUAUACUGACAUUUCCAGCUGCAAGUCCACCAAUAGAUGGACAGGAUGUAUUAAGUAGUGAUUUCAAGACGUUUUGGACUGUUUUCUGUUAGUCUUAAGCAGGUGCAACAGCAGGAUCAGCAGGAUAAGCUGACAUUUUCUAACUUUUCUAACAACAAAAAACAUGUUUUUUGUCAAACAUUUGAUGAAGUGAUCAGAAUAAAACUAAAGAUAACCCAGACACCAACAGAUGACACAAUGUGCUGUUAAGGCAAGUAAUAACAGCAAAGUAUCCAGUUCAUAAAGCAAAGAUUAAUUUUGUGAAUAAUCCAGUUAGAAGGAGGAAGUAAGGAAGUUUGUUGUCUGAGAGAAGUAGUUUGAAGACUUAACUGACCGGCACCCUGAGGAUGGAUUAAAAAGCUGCCUAUCUCCAGCUGUCUACAGGCGAGAGGUAGGGGACACCCCGGACAGGUCACCAGUCCACUGCAGGGCAACACAUAGACACACAGGAGAAACAACCAGGCACACCUAGGGGCAAUUGAGAAAGAUUAAUUAACAGUCAUGUUUUUGGACUGUAGAAGGAAGCCAGAGCACCCAGAGAGAGCCCAUGCAUGCACGGGGAGAACAUGCAAGCUCCAUGCAGAAAGACCCCCAGCUAGGUAUUAACCCAGGACCCUUAGAUGCAAGGCAACAGUGUUACCAACCGCACCACCAUGCAGCCCAAACAGCAAUUCACAACACUAAAAUUUAGGUAGCAUUCAGAUAGACCAGAGGUGGCCAACUCCAGUCAUCGGUUUCCCUGGUCCAACAUGCCUGAAUCAGACGAACGGUUCAUUAGCAGAACACAGGCUCUUGAGGACCGAAGAUGACAACCCCAGAUACAGAUGUAAUUCUUCUUCGCUGGUCCUGACCAGCAGAGGUGUCAGUACUCUGUUAAUUCCCUGGCUGCAACUAUGUGUCAUAGCCAUGACAUAUUCUGUGUUGUGUCCUCUUCUUGGUGCCACCAGUGCCUCUGCUGGAGUUCAUCGGGGGAAAUGACUUCUCCCUCUCUGCAAGGAUUCCUCCUGACUUCCUGCCAGGAGUGUGUCCCUCGUCGUUGUUGCUCCUAAACUUCUCCUCCUCACCUUGUAUUGUAGGAAUCUUAUUGGCUGCUACCCUAGUCAGCUGCCCUGUGGUUGAUGGUUACACCCUGCAAACAGUAUAUCAUUAUCAGAGAGUAGAAUGAGAGCCUUGACAUUAAAUAGAUCUAAAAUGUGAAUAAACCUAAUAAUUAUUGCAAAUAACAUUCCUAGCAUGCAAGGAAACAAAAAGAACUGAUGACACCUGGGAUUUAACAAUUGAGAUUUAAAAUAUGAGACAUUCUGAAAUAUUGUCAGAAAUGAUUAUAUUAUCUAAUCUGUUUUACUUUGCUGAAUAAAUAUAACUUCUAUAGAUUCAGAAUGGAACAUUUUAUUUGUCAGUGCAUCAGGUUUUUUGUUGCAGAACAACAGCUUAACUCCAAGGCAUGCAGCAGAAAAGGGCAGAAAGUGAUGAAGAUAUUAAAUUUGAUGAAUAAAUGAUUAAUUUAAUUAUUCUCAGAGUUGCAGCCAUCAAUUUGUCAGAUAUUAUCUGGGUUCAAGUCCUGGAGGUAACAAGCUCAGCUGCUUACUCAGUCCAGCAACACUCGAGUUCCUCCUCAUAUAUCCCAAGCUGUUCUCAGCCCAAAAGGGUGUAUUAUAUGAAUCCCUCCAGUCAGUUCUGGGUUUAGAUAAGAGUCUCCUGCCAGUUGGACGUGCUCCAACCUCCUAAGAAGUUCAUGAAGAGGCAUUCUGAUCAGUUGACUCUCUAUAACUAAAUGUGAAGGUUGAUCAAAAGGUUGCACUGUACUGAAUGAAUAGGAUUCUAUUUGUCAGGAUAUACGUUGGACCCAUUGGUGUAGAGGCCAUACAGUCACAUUUGCUGGUGCUACACAGAAAAAUUUGUCCCGAUUAAAGUGAGUCUUAAAGCUGAAGUUAGAUGUUAGUCUGGGUUGUCUGAGCUGCCGCACCCUGUUGGCAGUCAGACGCCUCGGAGCUCCUCCGGUACUUGGUCCCCAGAAGCGAUCAGACUCUAUCUAAAGACUCUUAAAGGAACGACUCUCAAACAGUUUCU